CUUCGCAGACCUUCUCCUCCCUCGACCAGCCGACAUUGACGCUGCCUGCUCUCCCGCUUCCGUCCGGAAGUACAGGGAAUUGCUGACUCAAGCCCGCGCAAAUAUGCAAAAGGCUCAAGUCCGCAUGCAGCAGCAAGCCAACAGGCGUCGCGUACCAUGUCCCAUCCGCGCCGGUGAUCUGGUUUGGGUCUCCGCGGAAGAGUUUGCACUGGAACAGGAUGUUUCACGCAAACUGCUUCCCAAGUGGUUUGGACCUUGGUCUGUGACAGCAGCCGCGGGCGAUGAGCCCGAUGGCCCUUCAUUUGUGAUCAACAUCCCAGAGCAUCUGACGGUCUAUCCGGUCUUCCACGUCUCGAAGCUGGCAACAUACACGCCAACCAAGAGCGACGACUUUUCGGACCGACGAUCGCAGGACCCUCCUUCUAUGGAUGGCCAUCAGGAAGUUGACCGCGUCAUCUCCGAUCGCAAGUACGGCAGCAAGCCGCGACAGUUUAAAGUCAUAUUCAAAGCAUGCGAUCGCGACGACACUCGGUGGAUUUCAGGAGCAGAUUUGAAAGCAUCUGCACCGCUGAUCUACGUGCAUUAUGAAAAGCGGAGGUUAGCUCAGGAAGCUUCAUGACCCGCCCCUCCCACCCGGACUGUGGUCCCUCCCUCAGACAGACAGCUUCGCCCUCGCAGGUAAGCUCGGUUCUUCAAGGAGGGGAGGGUGUGGCAUAGUGCGUAGCCACACGGGCCCUGCAGGGCCUGUCCCAGACAUUCAGCCUAAAAGCCUAAAACUUAGGGCUUACAAGCCCCGUUC